AUGAAAACAUUGUGGGAGUGCAAAUAUUUCGAACCUAUUUCUUAUGGAGAACUUUUCACAUAUACUACUGACUUAUAUAAACAGAACCUUGUACCAUUUAAAGAUUUGUCAUAUGCUCCAAAGUAUUGUGUACAACUGAAGAAGAAAGCCGAGUCAAAAGAAGUAAAUAAAAAUAAGUGCAAGUUCAUUCCUGAGCACGUUUUCUUUGCUGACUUUGAGUGUAGUACCGAUGGCUUUCAUAAAGCUUUUAACAUCUGUUAUGACAGUGAAGAUGGUUCAGUGAGUGAAAGCAUUUGGGGUCAGAACUGUGCAACAGAAUUUUUGGAGCGACUUCCUGACAAGAGUUUAAUAUAUUUCCAUAACCUCAGUUAUGAUAUAAACUUCAUCUUAAGACACAUGACAGAAGUGAAAGGAACUCCCAUCAUUAAAGGUUCACGAACAAUGCAAAUAACUGGCUUAUAUAAAGGAAGGGCAAUUAUUAUAAAAGACUCUUACAGUGUUAUAAAUAAGAAGCUUAAACUAUUUCCUGCUAUGUUUAACUUACAAACAGGACCGAAAGAAGUAUUUCCAUAUAACUACUACAGCAGUGUUUUGUUAGCAAAUGACAACAGAACUGGUGUCAUUUCUGAAGCAUGUAAGUUUAUCCAGGAUGCGGAUACGUUCAUGAAAAACAUAGAUUUAAUCGAAAACUGCAGAAUAGAUGAGAACCACUUCGACUUAGAAAAGUAUAGCACAUUUUAUUGCAAACAAGAUGUAAGAAUUUUAAGAGAAGGUUUUGUUAAGUUCCGCAAUGACAUAUUGAAAGAAUUUGAUUUAAACGUUUAUGACUACGUUAGUAUUUGUUCUAUUGCUAACAAAUUAUUUGAGAACAGAGUGUACUUCCCGAAUGGAAAUUUAUAUGACCUCUCAAAUAAACCAAGAGAAUUUAUUUCACGCUGUAUUCAAGGUGGAAGAUGUAUGCUGUCAGAUAACAUUAAACAAAAGAGCAAAAAGAAACUCAUUGCUGACUUCGACGCUGUUUCAUUAUAUCCAUCAGCUAUAGCAAGACUUUAUACUUUAGAAAGUAUUCCAAAGGUUAUGA